AAACAAAGACACUUUACUGGAAAUAAACAGCACAAGAUUUCUUGACAACAGCGCUUUAAAUUGACCCGUGUUUGCUGGGUUAAUAUCUAGAAAUGUGUGGCGUGGUAUUGUUUGUUUACUUUUUUAUUUUGCUGUCAUGUGUGAGGUUUUGGUUUAUUUUAUUGAUUGGGUUUGUGUUAACAGGGUAGAAAGGUUUAAAUGGGAAGAAAGUCUUAGUUUUUGGUCGGCCUGGAGAAAACUCUGCUUUCUGUUUCAGUUUGAAUCCGGAGGGCUUUUCCCUCAUCCGAGUUACGUUAACGUCAAACGUGUGUUUGUUGUAAAGGUCUCGCGUAACGUUACGUUACGUUCUGUGGAUCUGAUCCACAUGUAUGUAACGAUCUGCCCGCUGCAACAAGAUCAGAUUCUGUCUCCAUGUGUGAAAAACACAUCUCUCCCGUCAGCACAUGUCAGCUUCUCUCCUCUUAUCCUUAAACACCUCAGUUUAGUUUGCUGUGGUUGGCGGUGUUGGGUGUAAUUAGUUGCUCUAAAUGCACUUCUCCCUUAAAAAUGUAAAGUAAGGGUUCAUUCUUAUUUCCUGUAAUUUAUUUACAGUAACUUUAGAUGUAAUUGAACUGAAUACUGUGUGAUGGAUACAAUAGUAGAAUUGACAUUCAAAUUCAAUGUCUAACUUUAAAAUGCAUGCAUUAAUGUAUCUUUCUUACUUGGUAAUAGUUUAGUCAGUUAAUAAGAGCACUUUAUGUAGUUUUAUACCAGUAUAAGGUAACUACGUGGUGUAAGUUUAGGUUCAUAGUUAUUAAGCAGUUAUUAUAUUAACUGUAAUAAGUACACUGUAUGUACAUGAGGAAACAACACUUUUAAAUAAAGUGAUUCUGAUAUAAGUAACUAAAUACUUUUUGGAAAGAGUAAUUUGUACAGUAAUGUAAUUACACUGUUGAUUAUGUCAUUACCCAACACUGGUGAUAGACUAUGAGACCAGUUUUACUGCUCUUAUGCUUUGUGUCGUCCUUAUGUUGUUGUGAUUGCUUCAAUUGUUCACCUCAUAUGUACAUCAAUUUGGAUGAAAGCAUCUUCUCAACAUACAUGUGAUGUUUCCUGUGUUCACACUCUGCUGCGGCUUCAAACAGCCAAAUGUGAAAGUGACACACACACACACACUGUACUGAGAUCAGAUCAGAUGUGUUCUUAUUAAAUCCAUCAGACACUUGACUGAGAUCAGAUGUGGUGGAUGUUCACUUCUGUGAAUUUAAGCGUCUGCUGUUAUUCUGUGGUAUGGUUUGGUUUUAGAAGCACAUUAGAAGAGAAUCAUUCAAAGUUGACCUAUUAAAACAAUAAUAACGAUGAUCACUAUAGACUGUAUAACAAACAUCUGUGGCGUUAUUUCAUCGGAGGAAAAAUAAAGACUUACAGUCACAUAUUAGACAUAUUCAUUUAUAUAAAGAUCAACUGAUCAUGACAAAAAAAUUGUAAUCAGAUUAAAAAAUCCUGAUCAGUCCGUUUCUAAUUCUAGUGGUUGUAAUCCAGUUUUUGCAGCUUUUAUCCGGUUCUGGCAGUAUGGAUUCAGUUGUAGUGGUUUGGAUGGGCUUGUUGUUUUCUGUGAGCUGCUGUGUGAUAUCUCUGAUGAUUCUGCAGGGUUGUUCAGCAGAUAAGAGCGCGUGAGUGUGUGUGUGUGAACACUGAUAACACAAACUAAAACAGAGUUGAUGUGAGCGUGUCUGUGACACUCAUGUUGUUGUGAGCGGGAGAAUGAAAAACAUGCUAUAGAUGUGUCUGAAUGAUUCUUUUGAAAUGUUCUCCGUCUAUCUAGCUGCUGUUAAAUCGCCCACCACAGAGUGACGUGAAUGGCACAUGGCUUUGACACCGUUUGUUACCAUGGAGACGCCCUCAUGGAAUGUGAACAGUGAUGGGCAUUCAGAGAAAGAGUUGUGUAGCGCCGCCCUGCAGGUUCAUCUGCUUUGCUGCAGAGAGAAAGAGUCAAACGUGCUGUCGUACCCACCGGGAGAAUACAUCACUGAAGAGAUUUGCAUCACUGCAGCCAAACAAUGUGGUAUCAGUCCCAUGUACUGCAGUCUUUUUGGACUGAUGAGAGAAACAGAUCGCACCUGGCUUCCACCCAAUCACAUUUUUAAGAUUGAAACAUCCACCAAUGAGAAGCUUCUGUUCAGAAUCAGGUAUUAUUUUCCAGGCUGGUAUGGCAGCAGUAUAAACUGUGCACGCAGGUGUGGAGUCAUGAAGAGUUCUGGGGCACCUGUGCUCGAUGACAUCACUAUGGGUUAUCUGUUUGCACAGCUUCUGAUGUGUGUGUGUGUGAGUCAGUGGAGAUGUGAUUUUCUGAGCGGUGCGGUGUGCGUUCCUGUCAGUAUGGAGUUUCAGGAAGAAUGUUUGGGAUUGGCUGUUUUGGAUAUCAUGCGAUUGGCCAGAGGAAAAGGCAAGUCACCUGUUGACAUCUACAACCACAACAGUUAUAAGUCGUUCCUUCCCAAGAACAUGCGAAGGCACAUUGAGAAUCAGCACUUUGUGACCCGGAAGCGGAUUCGGUUCCGUUUCAGGAAGUUCAUUCAUGAGUUCAGCUCGUGUAAAGCCACAGUGAGAGAUCUUAAACUGAAGUAUGUGGUCAGUCUGGAGACGCUGCAGACGGCCUUCUACACAGAGCGCUUUUAUGUCCACCAACCGUCCACGGGACACGUCACCAUCGUGGUCAGCGGCGACCACGGCAUCCGGUGGUCCAGAGGAACAGAUGAGAGAGAGGAGCUGCAGGUGUACUGUGAUUUCUCAGACGUCAUUGACAUCAGUAUCAAGCAGGGGACUAAAGACGGAUCAGUCGAGAAUAGAAUCGUCUCCAUUAACAAACAAGACGGGCAGACGCUGGAGUUGGAGUUUCAUUCUCUGUCUGAGGCGUUGUCGUUUGUGUCUUUGAUUGACGGGUACUACAGACUCACCACAGACGCUCAUCAUUAUCUGUGUAAAGAGGUGGCGGCCCCUCGACUCCUGGAGGCCAUACAGACUAACUGUCACGGCCCUGUGGCGACGGAGUUUGCCAUCAGUCGUCUGCGGCGCUGUGACAAUCAGACGGGUGUUUAUAUUCUCAGAUGCAGCCCAAAAGAUUACCACAAAUACUUUCUGUCAUUUGUCAUUGAGUGUGAGGGUCAGCAGCUGGUCAAACACUGUCUCAUUCAUCGCUCUCAUUCAGGAGAGUUUGUGCUCAAUGGAUCUAAAUGCAGUUUUGGGAGUUUGGCUGAAUUACUGCAGCGUUACCAGAAGGAGGCGCUGCGCUCCGACACACACGUCUUCCAGCUGAGCCGCUGCUGUCCGCCCAGGAGCAAAGAGAAAUCAAACCUGCUGGUGACCAGAAACAAUGAGACCUCAUCAGACGUCUGUCAGUCUCCUUCUGGGUUUAAACCUGUCAAUCAAAUGAUCUUCCACAAAAUCCAUAAAGAAGAUCUGGAGACUAGAGAGAGUUUGGGGCAGGGGACGUUCACUCAGGUGUUUCGGGGCUACAGGACGGAGCUUGGAGAUUACGGUGAGGUCCACAAGAUGGAAGUUGUGCUGAAAGUUCUCGAAAAGUCUCACGGCAACUACACCGAGUCGUUCUUUGAAUCAGCAAGCAUGAUGAGUCAGUUAUCACACAAACACCUGCUGCUGAAUUAUGGCAUCUGCGUCUGCGCAGACGAACACAUCAUGGUGCAGGAGUUCAUGCGCUUCGGCUCGCUGGACACGUACCUGAAGAGAAACCGCAACUUCAUCAACAUCACCUGGAAGCUGGAGGUGGCCAAGCAGCUGGCCUGGGCCCUGCACCACCUGGAGGAGAAGAACCUGAUCCAUGGAAAUGUCUGUGCCAGGAACGUUCUGGUGACUCGAGAAGAAGAUCGUAAGACUGGAACGCCUCCUUUCAUCAAACUGAGCGACCCGGGAAUCAGUUUGUCUGUUCAGCCCAAAGAACUUCUGAUCGAGCGGAUCCCUUGGGUUCCUCCCGAGUGUGUGAAGGACAGUCGCAACUUGACUUUGGCGGCAGAUAAAUGGAGUUUCGGUGCGACGCUGUGGGAGAUAUACUGCAGCGGUGAACGUCCGCUCGCCUCGUACGACAGUUCAAAGAAGCUGUUGUUUUACGAGGACAAGCAUCAGCUUCAGGCUCCUAAAUGGACAGAACUGGCGUGUGUUAUUAACAGCUGUAUGGGUUAUGAGCCGCUGAAGAGACCGUCAUUCAGAGCUCUCAUCAGAGACCUCAACAGCCUCUUCACACCAGACUAUGAGCUGCUGGUGGAAAGUGAGACGGUGGCCAGCAGAAAACGAGCGCUGGGGUUUAAUGGAGCCUUUGAGAAUCAGGAACCAACUCAGUUUGAGGCCAGACACUUGAUCUUCCUACAGCUGCUGGGCAAGGGUAACUUUGGCAGCGUGGAGAAGUGCAGGUAUGAUCCGCUGCAGGAUAACACAGGUGAGGUGGUGGCAGUGAAGAAGCUACAGCACAGCACCGCUGAACACCUGCGAGACUUUGAGAGAGAAAUCGAGAUCCUGCGAUCACUGCAGCAUGAGAAUAUUGUGAGAUAUAAAGGCGUCUGUUACACUGCAGGUCGUAAGAAUUUGCGUCUCAUCAUGGAAUAUCUGCCCUUUGGUAGUUUAAGAGAUUAUCUUUCCAAAAAUAAAGAGUGUUUUGACCACACGAAACUACUGCUAUAUGCAUCCCAGAUCUGUAAGGGAAUGGACUACCUUGCAUUAAAGCGUUACGUUCACAGAGAUUUGGCUACUCGGAACAUUCUGGUGGAGAGUGAAUAUCGAGUAAAGAUCGGAGACUUUGGCCUCACUAAAGUUCUUCCCCAGGAUAAAGAAUAUUACACCGUGAGAGAGCCGGGUGAAAGCCCUAUAUUCUGGUACGCACCAGAAUCUUUGACUGAGAGUAAAUUCAGCGUUGCGUCUGAUGUCUGGAGUUUUGGAGUCGUUCUUUAUGAACUUUUUACCUUCAGUAACAAAACCUGCAGCCCUCCCACUGUGUUUAUGGAGCAGAUGGGUGACGAUAAACAAGGUCAGAUGAUUGUUUAUCACCUGAUCGAUCUGCUCAAGAGAAACUAUCGUUUGCCGUCUCCAAUAGGAUGUCCAGCUGAGAUUCACACGUUAAUGACAGAAUGUUGGGCACCAGAGCCGAGCAGACGUCCUACAUUUAAAGAUCUGGCUCAGGGAAUAAGCGCCAUCCAGGACAGCAGGAGCAGCUAACGCCCGAGUGCAGUUCACUCUUGAUUUCUGCUGAAAUACUGUGGGAUGUAUGUCGUGUCUUCUCUUCCUGUAGGAUCUGCAGCAGAAUUCUGAAGCUGAAUCUGCAGGUUAAGAGUCACUAGCUCUUGAGAUGCUUCAAUAUAGAAGUCUGUAUUGUAUCGUAUCUUUCGUUUGCAAGAUGACAAAACUGCAAGGAUCUCAGAUGAGACUCUUCACACGUCUCACUGCAUGCACAUAUUUACAUCUUAAAUGAUUAUAUUGACGAUCUUGCAAGCUGUUUUAUGAGCUUUUGUUUAAAACAUUGUGUGCAGUAUUAUAAGGUUUGAACAGUCAUGUUACACAACAGUGUGCAACCGAAAAAAAAGGGAUUUGCAAAGUGUGAAAAAGCAAAGGAAGUGGUGAGCAUUUAUACUGAAGGUGUUAAAUCUUACUGGAGAUCUUCUGUCCUGAUCAAACACAACACAAACCUGCUCAACACAAUUUUACACUAACCCUAAUCUGUAACUAACUACAGGCAUUUCUGUUGGGUUUCUGCAUUUCUGUUGAUGUGUCAACUUUGAUUGUAAAAAGGUAGAUCAGCUUUUAACAGCGGCACAGUUUGUAAAUAAAUAAAAAAAAAUCAAGUAAAAAGUGAAAUUAUAUAUUUACUUGGACAAACUUAAACCAAGUGAUGGAUAAAAAUGCCUUCAAACAUUUUGAUUUUAUUUAGAAAAAAACAGAUAAUUCAUCUAUUGAAUUAUUAUUUUAAAUAGAUUUGCGUUUCGUUCUAUAUAUUGGAUUUGAUUUAAUAAAACAUCUUUAUUUUAUUGGCUGAACUGGAAGAACAUUUUCCCAAAACGAUGUAAUUCCACUUCCUGCCACAUUCCACGUUCUUUGUGAUAAUUCAACUGACGUUUAUAUAAAUGAAUUUCAGUGAGUUGCUCAUAUAAUUGAUGUUUCAUAUAAGUUUUAUUUUUACAAUUACUUUUGGUUUGUAUGUAUUUUUGCAAUGAGCUCUGGUGUGUGUGUGAAACUCAGACAUUUUGAAGAUAAAGAGUUAUUUUCUGUGU